CGGCCGGCAGGUGGCGCGCUCCGCCCAGGCGGGGGGCGAUGGCGGCGGCGGAUUUGGGGCGACUUCGGGCCUGGAGCGGCUCGGCGCUCGUCAUUAUUUGUAACCAUAGAGCAUGAAUUACCUCUUGAGGUCAUCAGCGAGAAUUUACGACUGGUCAACAAAAGCACGUGACGCCCGAACGCACCCCCCACCCUCCCCCCAUAUUUGGCCGCAUACAUAGCAAAAACGAAGUACAGUGCAUCGCUAUAAUUCAUUAAUACAUCAUAAAUCGUCAAGCACGGGGGUUAUAACGACCACGAGCCACAAAUCAAGCCCUCCAAAAUAACCCAAAUGAGCUCUUACUUUGUAAACUCGUUCUCAGGGCGCUACCCAAAUGGCCCCGACUAUCAGUUACUAAAUUAUGGGACCGGCAGUUCCAUGAACGGUUCUUACAGAGAUUCAAGCACCAUGCAUUCCAGCUCUUAUGGCUACAACUACAAUGGGAUGGACCUUAGCAUCAACCGCUCGGCCUCCUCCAGUCACUUUGGGGCUGUGGGCGAGAGCUCCCGCGGUUUCCCUUCUCCAGCUCAGGAGAGCAGGUUUAGACAGGCGUCCAGCUGCUCCUUAUCUUCUCCCGACUCCCUGCCCUGCUCCAACAGCGAGAGCCACGGAGGCAAACCCGCCCCGUCCCCCUCCGAGCCGGCUCCUGCUGCCAGCAGCACCAACACAAAUUUCACAGAACUAGACGAGACCAGCGCGUCCUCGGGAGCCGACGAGGGCACUCCAAUAAGCAGCAGCAUCCCCCGAGCGCAGGCAGAGCCCAUCGCGACCUCCACGGCAGCGACAGAAGGGCAGGCACCUCAGAUAUUCCCUUGGAUGAGGAAACUUCACAUUAGCCAUGACAUGACUGGACCGGACGGGAAGAGGGCGAGGACAGCGUACACUCGCUACCAGACGCUGGAGUUGGAGAAGGAAUUCCACUUCAAUAGAUAUCUCACCCGCAGGAGGAGGAUAGAGAUCGCUCACGCGCUCUGCCUCUCCGAGCGCCAGAUCAAAAUCUGGUUCCAGAACCGGCGCAUGAAGUGGAAGAAGGAUAACAAACUGAAAAGCAUGAGCCUGGCCUCGGCCGGCAGCGCCUUCCAGCCCUGAGCCCCGCCAGGGGGAAUAAAAAAAAGGAAGAGGAAGGAGGAGAAGAGGAGGAGGAGGGCGAGGAAAAAAAAAUUAAAUUCAAAAAAAAGCCACCCAAAACCGCAGCGGAACCCCCGAGUGAAAAAUGGAAUAAAGAAGGAGCGGCAGAGGCGAGGUUUGGGAGGACUCUGUGCCAGGCGCCUUCGGGGCCGGUUCCUCCCAAAAGCGGCUCCUGGGGUCCCCUCAGGACUGAGCUGGGGGCUCGCAAGUUUGGGGGUUUUUUUUUUGGUUGUUUGUUUAAAAACAAAGCAAAAAAAUUAAAUUUUAUUUCCAGACGCUCCUCCUGCUCUCGUUGUUCUUCUAACUGUGUGUGUCCGUGCUCUCUUGGUGCUUUCUGGAAAGCUGGCAUGUGUUCUGUGAGCCCUUUGAAUGUGAUAACUUAUUUAUGAAUCCAGAACAGAAACGCUUCUUGCUGCAUUUGUUGGGAUUUUCUCCUUUUUUUUCUUUUUUUUUAAAUUUUUUCCCCCCUUUCCCCUUUUUUCCCCGCUCUUGGGUGAGUUUUUCUCUGCCUCAGCGAAAAUUGGGGGUUCCUGCACUACGCUGGCAGAAAAAAAAAAGUGUUUAAAAACCCAACAAAAAUGGAAAAAAAUAGAAAAAAAAAAAAAAAAAAGAAGCAGCUCUUGUAUCUUUCUGUCUUAAAGUUGUCCAGUCUGUGUUUUAGUCCAAACUCCAGGCCAGGAUUUCUAAUCCCGGCGUGCUCUUAGACGUGGGUGAACUUCACUAUUAAAAAUUGAUAAUAAUACCGAUCAUUAAUAACUCAAAAAAAAAAAUCUUAAAAAAAAAAAGGUAAAAAAAGGAACAAAAAAAGGGAAAAAAAAAAAAAAAAAAAAAAUUGUACAAAAGCGGAGAGCGAGGCUGGGGCGCUCUGAUGUUUGUAAAUAUUAGAAAUAUUUCUGCCGUGAGUAAUAGGCGGGUGGUAGCGGGCAGAGGGAGUGCGGUGUUCUGUGUACAAACGGCGUCUGUCGUGUCUCGCAGCCGGCUAGUUCUUGGCCAAGCAGCUUUUAGUAUUUGUUUGUAGCUUUUCUCGAACUCAAAUAAACGUUUUCCCCCUCUC